AUGCUGGAUUCACGGGCUCCUGGACCCAAACGGCACUCGCUCACCCCAGUCUACCCUUCAACCUGCCCACCUAUUUACAGCAAGACGUCUCAGCAGAGGCCUGGGCUUGGAACUUCAGCAGGGCUGGUCCAGUUGGUGCUUCAGUGGGGGCUCAGCGGCAAAUCCAAGGACCAGGAGCCUCAGAACCAUGAUGGAAGAGAGCAAGAGCAAACUCUUUCCAAACUGCUGCCAAGAAAACCGCUCGGAUGCAUCUCUGUCUUCACAGGAAUGGGGCUCGACUUAAGGAACUUCCCCAGCUCGGCUGCCCUCCUGAAAGGCUUCCAUCUUUUGAACUGCUCCGGCCAACAACCCCACAACGCCGUGAAAUUCCAGGGCGUACUCGCCAAGGCUACAGGUUCCCUGACGCAGCGUGCUCAGUUGCGCCCGGGCUCUGGUGACUACUCUGGGGUCCUCAAAUCUCCUGCGAAGGGCGGGUGCUCUGACAGACCAGGACCUGCGCUUUGCCCAACACCCCAGCUGGCUUGGCCUCCCUUCCUAGGGGAAAGGAGGCACCCCCCAACCCCACCCCGGCUAGCAGCUGUGGACAAAAGGGAGAGGGCUCCCUUGCCACACUGGCACGGCAGAGCCCCAACAGCAGAGGGGCCCGCUCAGCCUGCUCUGGUCUUCCCGGGUGCAGGCCAGCAAAGCGUCUGUUUGAUCAGGCUUGUUUUCUACCAGCCUCAGAAAUGGGGGAAGAAGCCUUGGCCAAGCUCCCACCAAGACAGAGAGCCAGGCAGGAAUUGCCUGACGCCGGGCUGGAAAGUUGCCCUCGGGCCCCGCAGCAGCAUUCGCCUCCUGCUUCUUUCUGCAGCGCUCGGGCCUGUGGCAGCUGUGGAAAUUCAUACCCCUGGGGUCCUGGAAGUUCUGAAUGGGACCAACGUGCGCCUGAAGUGCACCUUCCACAGCUCUUUCCCAGUGGGGCAGAAGCUGACGGUGUCCUGGUACUUCCAGACCGAGAUGAAGGAGCCCCUGGAGUUGGUGCUCUACUACAAUUACCAGGCUUACCCCUCAAAAUCGGGCCGCUUCCUGGGCAGACUCACCUGGGAUGGCAACGUACACAAAAACGACGCUUCUGUUAUGCUCCACAACGUGAGCCCCAAGGACAACGGGACCUUCCAGUGCCACGUGAAGAACCCACCUGACGUGGAUGGUGUCAUCGGCGAGAUCCAGCUGAGUGUCGUCCUGAAAGUGAGCUUCUCCGAGGUCCACAUCCUGGCCCUCACCAUCGGCAUUUGCUGUGCUGCGAUGGUCACCAUUGUGGUGGCUGUGGUGUGCUGGCGUCAUUGGCGGAGGACGCAGCAAGACAAGAAAAUGGAGGUGGAUGGGACAGAGCAAUUGAGUCUGAAGGAGGGCAGGGAGGAGAAGGACGCCCCUCUGCCUGGACGAGGGGCCGGCCAGUCUUGACCCACCACUGUUGACACUGUGGGAGACGGAUGGCAAAGGCUCUUGUGUUCCUUGCCUUGGAGGAGGAAGACAUCCUGCACCUUGAGGGCCUGCAAGAGAGAGAACCUCAGGACCUAAAAGGGCUGACUGGCCAGUCUUCUCCAUUCCUGAACCAGCAGUGCCCACCCUGCCCCACCUUGAAUCCUUCUGGAAUACGGAAGGGAGAAUCAUCUUUGGCUCUCUGGCUGAAGACCUUAGGGCCAUUGGGCAUCUGGUCUGUGCCAGCAAGAGAAGAGGGUCUGGCCAAGACAGCCUAGUCAGGCCCAGCCGGAUGGGGGGAACAGCUCCACCAAUGGUUCUGCUCUCUUUCCUGGGCCAAAGCCCAGGGCUCUCCAAAGGGCCAGCACGGAGGCUGCUCCUGCCCGGUCACCACUCAGUCCUCUGGGGAAGUCUGGAGAGCAAAUGGCAAAGGGCGGGAGCUCCCCAACUUCUUAGAAAAGUGCCUCCCUCUCAAGGCCUCCUCUGCAAGCGGGAUCAGGCGCCUGCAGGCCUGCAGAUGGCCUCUCUAACUGGCAGCAUUUUAAGCACAGGAAGGAACCUGCAAGGGGGUUGUUCCUCCUGGGUGCAGCGAUUCUGGCUCCUUUGCAGUCCCCCACCCCCAGAGCAGCAGCCAGUUCCCCUCCUCAAAACCAAGGUUUGCUUUUUCCUUCCGAAGGAUUUAGGAGCCCUGGACAAAAAAGCUUCUCCGACCACCAAGCCCCUUCCAUGCAACAGCAUUGCAGUGACACUAUCUACAACAACCUCUAAAACUCGUCAGCUUCAGAGAACUGUUCACUAGGUUUCCUGUUGGGCAUCCUUUCAGAUGCUUAGGUGACACACUUUCAUACACUAAUUUAUUUUAAGAGUCUUGUUAAAUUUUUCUAUGCAAAAUAGAGUAUUUUAUAAUAAAGUGACAGUUGUCUGGGA